AUGUCAUCGUUUGAGGGAAUCCUACACCGCUACACUGCACGGAACGUAGCCUUCGAAUUCGCGCCCACCGGUCGCAAGAAAGUACUAGUGAUGAUCGGCGGUAUGACGGACGGGCUGCUCACCGUACCGUACGCAACAGAACUGGCCCACACACUGGAGCCACACGGCUACUCAGUGGUCAAUGUCCAACUGACCAGCAGCUUCCUGGGCUUCGGGACGGCGUCCUUGGACAAGGACGUCGAGGAACUCAAGUCGCUGGUGGACUUCCUGAAGGGCGCGCAGGGCGGGCGCAGAGAAACAGUCGUCCUGAUGGGCCACUCCACCGGGUCUCAGGACGUGAUGCACUACCUUCUCCGCCACGGCAACUCCGUGGCCGCGGGAAUCAUCCAGGGCUCCUGCUCGGACAGGGAGUCGUUCGACCAGACUAUUGACCAGGCUUUUGACCCGCAGUUGCUGGCCACGCUCACCGCGCGCGCGCGGGAGCUAGUCGACGCCGGCCACCAGAACGACCUCCUAUCCUCCGAGUACUCCGCCUAUCUCUUCGAUACACCCGUUACCGCCUACCGCUGGUGCUCACUGAUGGAGGCAGGCGGGGACGACGACUACUUCUCCAGCGACCUUCCCGCAGAGGCCCUAGCCGCUAGUUUCGGUCGUCUCAAGACGCCCCUUCUUGUGGCCUACUCCGAAAACGACCAAUACGUGCCGCCAUGGGUCGACAAGCACGCGCUUCUUGCUCGCUGGCGCGCAGCAACCCUUCCUGCGGUGUGGUCUGAAUACUCCGGACUCGUCAAGGGCGCUACGCAUGCAGUCCCUGAGCCUGCAGCUCAGCGCCGUCUUUUCGAGAUGCUCGUACCGUUUCUCACAGACUUCCCGCGCGCCGAUUGUUAG